GUUACAAGAGCCGCCUCCGCGCGCGGGGGCCCGGCCACUCGGAGCUGCUCUGCCGCGGGGACUGCACUGCCCGCCUGCCCGGACCCGCCCCGAUCCGGGAGUCCCUGCCGCCCCUAGCCCGGCCGGCAGCCUCCCACCCGGCAGACCUCCCCCAGCCGCCAGCCUGUGCCUGCCGGGCAUGGCUGUGACUUGGGGCUGAGCUUACAGGCUGAGGAGGUGGGACAGAGAUUCCUGAAGAGAGUGAGAGGACAAAGAAGAAGAGGAAAAGCAGAAGGAGGGGCGGGUUCCUGGCAAGGCUUUCGCUCCCAAAUAAAUUUCUGUAAAAGAUGGAGAAGGAAGAAGAACCCACAAGAGAGCUGCUCUUGCCCAACUGGCAGGGCAGUGGUUCGCAUGGCCUAACCAUCGCACAGACAGACGAUGGUGUCUUUGUGCAGCAAGUCGUGCAGAAUUCCCCUGCGGCCCGCACGGGCGUGGUCAAGGAGGGGGACCAGAUUGUGGGGGCCACCAUCUACUUUGACAACCUGCAGUCGGGUGAGGUGACCCAGCUUCUGAAUACCAUGGGGCACCACACUGUGGGCCUGAAGCUGCACCGCAAGGGGGACCGAUCCCCAGAGCCCGGCCAGUCCUGGUCCCACGACGGCGCCUUCGGACGCUGCUCUGAGGUAGUGCUGAGCGGGGAUGAUGAGGAGUACCAGAGGAUCUACACGACGAAAAUCAAGCCAAGACUGAAGUCAGAGGAUGGGGUAGAAGGUGUCGAGCUUGGGGAGACUCAGAGCCGCACCAUCACGGUGACCAGAAAGGUCACGGCCUAUACAGUGGAUGUGACGGGGCGAGAGGGGGCCAGGGAGAUUGAUAUCAACAGCCCCGAGUUCAAGAUCAAGAUCCCGAGGCAUGAACUGACGGAAAUCUCCAAGGUGAAUGUGGAGACCGAGCAUGGGAAGACCGUGAUCCGACUGCCACAGAGCCCUGGGGCAACCAUUCAGACCACAGGCUACAGUGUUGGCUUUAGGGCAACUGGACCAGAGCUCCAGGGACUUGGCGCAGGUGGUGCUGGCCACUCCCAGGUCCGGGUCACUUCGCCUGGGAUCCAGGUGGAAGGCUUGGGCCUGCAGGUUGAAGGAAAGCCGGAGGUGUCUGUUCAUACCAAAGUCCCUACUUCUGUUGCUUUGGGAAGCAAAGGAGGUGUCAUCACUGGCUCAGGAAUGGAGGCUUCAUCUUCAGAUGGAGGUGGGCGCCCAUCCAUAGAUAACAUAAACAUUCCCACCAUGAAGUUACCCAAGUUUGGCUUCUCAGCAGCGGGGCCUGAGGUCCAGGGCCCAGAGGCAGGCCUGGGCGUCUGUGCGCCAGGCAUCUCUGGGGGACCUGGGGGUGAUGGCUCGGGUUUGGCAGUGAGUGGGAAUAUCCAGGGUCCUAAGCUAGAAGUCACAAGUCCCUCUGUCCACGUUGAGGGAGUCAAAGGAAAACUGAAGGGUCCUACGAUCACCAGCCCAUCCUUGGAGGGUGACUUCGGCCUGAAAGGUGCCAAGCUCCCGGGAGCUGGAGACCUGGACAUCUCUGCAGCCAAAGGACACGUUGGCACCAAAGGCCCUGCUGUGGAAUUUGGGGCUCCAGAAAUCGAUCCUCAUGGAGCUGGUGGAAAACUGACAAUGCCCCAGAUGAAAGUCCCCAAGUUUUCGGUGUCUGGUUCCAAAGGGGGAGAAGCUGCUGUGGAUAUAAAACUGCCUGAGGGAGAAGUGAACCUUCCCGAUGUCACUGGGAACCUCAGUCUGCCAGAGGUGGCCAUUAGUGGGCCAGAGGGGAAAGUCAAAGAUCCUAAAUUCAAGACCCCAGAGAUGAUCAUUCAGAAACCUAAAAUAUCCAUGCAGGAUGUAGACCUAAGCCUUAGAUCACCCAAGUUGAAAGGGGAUAUGAAGGUGUCAGGUCCAGGCAUACAAGGGGAUGUAAAAGGUCCCCAGAUAGACGUGAAAGGGCCAUCGGUGGACAUUAAGGCGCCCAGCCUCGAGGGAUCCCUAACCGGGCCCAAGCUUGGCAGCCCAACUGGGAAAAUGGGGACAUGCAAAAUCAGCAUGACUGAUGUUGAUUUGAACAUGGGCGGUCCCAAAAUAAAGGGUCACCUGGACUCUGCCCUCCCGAAGGUAGAAGGUCAGAUCAAAGGCCCUGAGAUGGACAUCAAAGGCCCCAAAGUGGACAUCAGCGCCCCAGAUGUGGAUGUCCACGGGCCCGAGUGGAACCUCAAGAUGCCCAAGAUGAAGAUGCCCAAGUUCACUGUGCCAGGGAUCAAGGGGGAGGUGCCAGAGGUUGACGUGAGCCUGCCCAAGGGAGACCUCAGUGUUUCUGGGCCCAGCAUUGACAUUGCAGCUCCACGGGUCAAUCUUGAAGGCCCAGAGGGAAAAGUAAAAGGGCCCAGCGUUAAGGUGCCAGAUGUGAACAUCAAGGCCCCAAAGAUCUCCAUGCCAGAUGUAGAUCUGCAUCUGAAAGGUACAAAAGUGAAGGGAGACUAUGAUGUUACCAUCCCAAAGCUGGAAGGAGAUCUUAAAGGCCCCAAAGUGGAUGUCAGCGCCCCAGAUGUGGACGUCCAUGGGCCCGAGUGGAACCUCAAGAUGCCCAAGAUGAAGAUGCCCAAGUUCAGCAUGCCAGGGUUCAAAGGAGAGGGCCCAGAUGUGGACGUGAGCCUGCCCAAAGCAGACAUUGGUAUUUCUGGGCCCAAGGUGGAAGUCAGCGCCCCAGAUGUGAAUGUGGAGGUCCCAGAAGGCAAAGUGAAGGGUCCCAAGUUUAGGAUGCCCGAGAUGAAUAUCAAGGCCCCAAAGAUUUCCAUGCCAGACUUGCAUUUGAAGGGCCCCAAGGUGAAGGGAGAAUAUGAUGUGACUCCUCCAAAAGUAGAAGGUGAGGUGAAAGUUCCAGAUGUGGAACUGAAAGGGGCCAAAGUGGACAUCAAUGCCCCAGAUGUGGAGCUCCAUGGGCCCGAGUGGAACCUCAAGAUGCCCAAGGUGAAGAUGCCCAAGUUCGGCAUGCCAGGCUUCAAGGGCGAGGGCCCCGAGGUGGAUGUGAGUCUGCCCAAAGCAGAUGUUGACAUUUCUGGGCCCAAGGUGGACAUUGAUGUUCCAGAUGUGGACAUUGAAGGGCCAGAAGGGAAGUUCAAAGGCCCUAAAUUUAAGAUGCCUGAGAUGAAUAUUAAGGCCCCAAAGAUUUCUAUGCCAGAUGUGGAUUUGCAUGUGAAAAGCCCCAAAGUGAAAGGAGAAUAUGAUGUUUCAGUUCCCAAACUGGAGGGGGAUCUGAAAGGCCCCAAAGUGGACGUCAGCGCCCCAGAUGUGGACGUCCAUGGGCCCGAGUGGAACUUGAAGAUGCCCAAGAUGAAGAUGCCCAAGUUCAGCAUGCCAGGGUUCAAAGGGGAGGGCCCAGAUGUGGAUGUGAGUCUGCCCAAAGCAGAUGUUGACAUUUCUGGGCCCAAGGUGGACAUUAAUGUUCCAGAUGUGGACAUUGAAGGGCCAGAAGGGAAACUGAAGGGCCCCAAGUUCAAGAUGCCCGACAUGCACUUCAAGGCCCCCAAGAUCUCCAUGCCAGAUGUUGACCUGAAUCUUAAAGGCCCCAAAGUGAAAGGGGAUGUGGAUGUGUCUGUGCCUAAGAUAGAAGGUGAUGUGAAGGUUCCUGAUGUGGACAUUAAGGGGCCCAAGUUGGACAUCAGUGCCCCAGAUGUGGACGUCCAUGGGCCAGAGUGGAACUUGAAGAUGCCCAAGAUGAAGAUGCCCAAGUUCAGCAUGCCAGGGUUCAAAGGGGAGGGCCCAGAUGUGGACGUGAGCCUGCCCAAAGCAGAUGUUGACAUUUCUGGGCCCAAAGUGGACAUUGACAUUCCAGAUGUGGACUUGGAGUGCCCAGAUGCCAAAGUGAAGGGCCCCAAGUUCAAGAUGCCUGACAUGCACUUCAAGGCCCCCAAAAUCUCCAUGCCAGAUGUGGACUUGCAUUUGAAAGGCCCCAAAGUGAAGGGAGACGUGGAUGUGGAUGUGUCUGUGCCCAAGAUAGAAGGUGAUGUGAAGGUUCCUGAUGUGGACAUUAAGGGGCCCAAGUUGGACAUUAAUGCCCCAGAUGUGGACGUCCAUGGGCCAGAGUGGAACUUGAAGAUGCCCAAGAUGAAGAUGCCCAAGUUCAGCAUGCCAGGGUUCAAAGGGGAGGGCCCAGAUGUGGACGUGAGCCUGCCCAAGGCAGAUGUUGACAUUUCUGGGCCCAAGGUGGACAUUAAUGUUCCAGAUGUGGACAUUGAAGGGCCAGAAGGGAAACUAAAGGGCCCCAAGUUCAAGAUGCCCGACAUGCACUUCAAGGCCCCCAAAAUCUCCAUGCCAGAUGUGGACCUGCAUUUGAGAGGCCCCAAAGUGAAGGGAGACAUGGAUGUGGAUGUGUCUGUGCCCAAGAUGGAAAGUGACAUGAAGGUUCCAGAUGUAGACCUCAAGGGCCCCAAAGUGGAUGUCAGUGCCCCAGAUGUGGACGUCCAUGGGCCCGAGUGGAACUUGAAGAUGCCCAAGAUGAAGAUGCCCAAGUUCAGCAUGCCAGGGUUCAAAGGGGAUGUCAGUGCCCCAGAUGUGGAUGUGAAUCUUCCCAAGGCAGAUAUUGACAUUUCCGGGCCUAAGGUGGAUAUAAAUGCUCCAAGCGUGAACAUCGAAGGUCCAGAUGCAAAAUUUAAAAGCCCCAAAUUCAAGCUGCCCGAAAUGAACCUAAAACCUCAGAAGAUCUCUAUGCCAGAUGUUGGCUUGCAUUUGAAAGGUCCCAAGGUGAAGGGAGACUAUGAUGUCACAGCUCCAAAGAUAGAAGGCGAGAUGGAAGUGCCAGAUGUGGAACUGAAAGGUCCCAAGGUAGACAUCGGUGCCCCAGAUGUGGACGUCCAUGGACCAGACUGGCAUCUGAAAAUGCCCAAGAUGAAGAUGCCCAAGUUCAGCAUGCCAGGGUUCAAGGGGGAGGGCCCAGAUGUGGACGUGAGCCUGCCCAAAGCAGACAUCAACAUUUCAGGCCCCAAGGUGGACAUUGAGGCUCCAGAUGUGAAUAUAGAAGGGCCAGAGGGAAAGAUCAAAGGCCCCAAGUUCAAGAUGCCCAGCAUGAACAUCCAAACACACAAAAUCACUAUGCCUGAUGUUGGACUCAAUUUGAAAUCACCUAAAUUAAAGGGUGACCUGGAUGUUUCUCUUCCCAAAGUAGAAGGAGACUUGACAGGUCCUAAAGUUGACUUAAAAGCCCCCAAAGUAGAUGUGGACAUUGGGGAUGUUGAUCUCGAAGGACCAGAGGGGAAGAUCAAAGGCCCCAAGUUCAAGAUGCCCGACAUGCACUUCAAGGCCCCCAAGAUCUCCAUGCCAGAUGUGGAUUUCAACCUGAAGGGCCCCAAACUGAAGGGAGAUGUAGAUGUGUCUGUGCCCAAGAUAGAAGGUGAUGUGAAGGUUCCUGAUGUGGACAUUAAGGGCCCUAAAGUGGACAUUAAUGCCCCAGAUGUGGACGUCCAUGGGCCCGAGUGGAACUUGAAGAUGCCCAAGAUGAAGAUGCCCAAGUUCAGCAUGCCAGGGUUCAAAGGGGAGGGCCCAGAUGUGGACGUGAGCCUGCCCAAGGCAGAUGUUGACAUCUCUGGGCCCAAAGUGGACAUUGACAUUCCAGAUGUGGACUUGGAGUGCCCAGAUGCCAAAGUGAAGGGCCCCAAGUUCAAGAUGCCCGACAUGCACUUCAAGGCCCCCAAAAUCUCCAUGCCUGAUGUGGACCUGCAUUUGAGAGGCCCCAAAGUGAAAGGGGACGUGGACGUGUCUGCUCCACACCUGGAAGGAGAUUUGAAAGGUCCUCACGUUAAUAUCAAGGGUCCCAGUGUGGAUGUUGAGGUGCCUGAUGUAGAUCUGGAAUGCCCAGAUGCCAAAGUGAAGGGCCCCAAGUUCAAGAUGCCCGACAUGCACUUCAAGGCCCCCAAGAUCUCCAUGCCAGAUGUGGAUUUCAACUUGAAGGGCCCCAAACUGAAGGGAGAUGUAGAUGUGUCUGUGCCCAAAUUGGAGGGAGAUAUCAAGGGUCCCAGUGUGGAUGUUGAGGUGCCUGAUGUAGAUCUGGAAUGCCCAGAUGCCAAACUGAAGGGCCCCAAGUUCAAGAUGCCCGACAUGCACUUCAAGGCCCCCAAAAUCUCCAUGCCAGAUGUGGAUUUCAACUUGAAGGGCCCCAAACUGAAGGGAGAUGUGGAUGUGGAUGUGUCUGUGCCCAAGGUAGAAGGUGACAUGAAGGUUCCAGAUGUGGACAUUAAAGGGCCCAAGGUGGACAUCAGCGCCCCAGAUGUGGACGUCCAUGGGCCAGACUGGAACCUCAAAAUGCCCAAAGUUAAAAUGCCCAAGUUCAGCAUGCCAGGGUUCAAAGGGGAGGGCCCAGAUGUGGACGUGAGCCUGCCCAAAGCAGAUGUUGACAUUUCUGGGCCCAAAGUGGACAUUGAUGUUCCAGAUGUGGACAUUGAAGGGCCAGAAGGGAAACUGAAGGGGCCCAAGUUCAAGAUGCCAAAGCUGAAUAUCAAAGCUCCCAAAAUCUCCAUGCCUGAUGUGGACCUGCAUUUGAGAGGCCCCAAAGUGAAAGGGGACGUGGACGUGUCUGCUCCACACCUGGAAGGAGAUUUGAAAGGUCCUCACGUUAAUAUCAAGGGUCCCAGUAUGGAUGUCGAGGUGCCUGAUGUAGAUCUGGAAUGCCCAGAUGCCAAAGUGAAGGGCCCCAAGUUCAAGAUGCCCGACAUGCACUUCAAGGCCCCCAAGAUCUCCAUGCCAGAUGUGGAUUUCAACUUGAAGGGCCCCAAACUGAAGGGAGAUGUAGAUGUGUCUGUGCCCAAAUUGGAGGGAGAUAUCAAGGGUCCCAGUGUGGAUGUUGAGGUGCCUGAUGUAGACCUGGAAUGCCCAGAUGCCAAAGUGAAGGGCCCCAAAUUCAAGAUGCCCGAUAUGCACUUCAAGGCCCCCAAGAUCUCCAUGCCAGAUGUGGACCUGCAUUUGAAAGGCCCCAAAGUGAAAGGGGAUGUGGAUGUGUCUGUGCCUAAGAUAGAAGGUGAUGUGAAGGUUCCUGAUGUGGACAUUAAGGGCCCUAAAGUGGACAUUAAUGCCCCAGAUGUGGACGUCCAUGGGCCCGAGUGGAACUUGAAGAUGCCCAAGAUGAAGAUGCCCAAGUUCAGCAUGCCAGGGUUCAAAGGGGAGGGCCCAGAUGUGGACGUGAGCCUGCCCAAGGCAGAUGUUGACAUCUCUGGGCCCAAAGUGGACAUUGACAUUCCAGAUGUGGACUUGGAGUGCCCAGAUGCCAAAGUGAAGGGCCCCAAGUUCAAGAUGCCCGACAUGCACUUCAAGGCCCCCAAGAUCUCCAUGCCAGAUGUGGAUUUCAACCUGAAGGGCCCCAAACUGAAGGGAGAUGUAGAUGUGUCUGUGCCCAAAUUGGAGGGAGAUAUCAAGGGUCCCAGUGUGGAUGUCGAGGUGCCUGAUGUAGAUCUGGAAUGCCCAGAUGCCAAACUGAAGGGCCCCAAGUUCAAGAUGCCCGACAUGCACUUUAAGGCCCCCAAAAUCUCCAUGCCAGAUGUGGACUUGCAUUUGAAAGGCCCCAAAGUGAAGGGAGACGUGGAUGUGGAUGUGUCUGUGCCCAAGAUAGAAGGUGAUGUGAAGGUUCCUGAUGUGGACAUUAAGGGGCCCAAGUUGGACAUUAAUGCCCCAGAUGUGGACGUCCAUGGGCCAGAGUGGAACUUGAAGAUGCCCAAGAUGAAGAUGCCCAAGUUCAGCAUGCCAGGGUUCAAAGGGGAGGGCCCAGAUGUGGAUGUGAGUCUGCCCAAGGCAGACAUUGACAUUUCAGGCCCCAAGGUGGACAUUGAGGCUCCAGAUGUGAAUAUUGAGGGCCCCGAGGGAAAGAUCAAAGGCCCCAAGUUCAAGAUGCCUGAGAUGAACAUCAAGGCCCCCAAGAUCUCCAUGCCUGAUUUUGACUUGCAUCUGAAAGGCCCCAAAUUGAAAGGGGAUGUGGAUGUGUCUGUGCCCAAGAUAGAAGGUGAGGUCAAGGUUCCUGAUGUGGAAAUUAAGGGGCCCAAGGUGGAUUUCAGUGCCCCAGAUGUGGACGUCCAUGGGCCAGAGUGGAACUUGAAGAUGCCCAAGAUGAAGAUGCCCAAGUUCAGCAUGCCAGGGUUCAAAGGGGAGGGCCCAGAUGUGGAUGUGAGUCUGCCCAAAGCAGAUGUUGACAUUUCUGGGCCCAAGGUGGACAUUAAUGUUCCAGAUGUGGACAUUGAAGGGCCGGAAGGGAAACUGAAGGGCCCCAAGUUCAAGAUGCCUGACAUGCACUUCAAGGCUCCAAAGGUCUCCAUGCCUGACAUUGAUUUACACUUGAAAGCACCUAAAUUGAAGGGAGAUGUUGAUGUAUCUCUGCCAAAGGUAGAAGGAAAUUUGAAAGGACCAGAGUUAGAUAUCAAAGGCCCUAAAUUGGAUGUAGAAGCACCCGAUGUUGAUAUCCAUGGGCCAGAAGGAAAAUUAAAGAUGCCUAAAUUAAAGAUGCCAAAAUUUAGCAUGCCUGGCUUCAAAGGGGAGGGCCCAGAUGUGGAUGUGAGUCUGCCCAAAGCAGAUGUUGACAUUUCAGGGCCCAAGGUGGACGUUGAUGUUCCACAGGUGAGCGUUGAGGCCCCUGAGGGAAAGAUCAAAGGUCCCAAGUUCAAAAUGCCGGACAUGCACAUUAAAGCUCCGAAGAUUUCUAUGCCUGAUGUGGACCUUAAUCUGAAAGGCCCCAAACUAAAAGGAGAUGUGGAUAUCUCUGGGCCAAAGCUGGAAGGGGAUCUGAAAGGCCCUGAGCUUGACAUCAAAGGCCCCAAAGUAGACAUCAAUGCCCCAGAUGUGGACGUCCAUGGGCCAGAUUGGAACUUGAAGAUGCCCAAGGUGAAGAUGCCCAAGUUCAGCAUGCCAGGGUUCAAAGGGGAAGGCCCAGAGGUGGAUGUGAGUCUCCCAAAGGCAGAUGUUGAGAUUUCAGGCCCCAAAGUAGACAUUGAGGCUCCAGACGUGAAUAUUGAAGGGCCUGAAGGGAAGUGGAAAAGUCCCAAGUUUAAGAUGCCUGAUAUACAUUUUAAAACCCCAAAGAUAUCAAUGCCAGAAAUUGAUCUUAAUCUGAAGGGACCCAAAGUAAAAGGAGAUGUAGAUGUUUCAGUCCCUAAAUUGGAAGGGGACAUCAAAGGUCCUGAGCUUGACAUUAAGGGCCCCAAAGUGGAUGUCAGUGCCCCAGAUGUGGACGUCCAUGGGCCAGAUUGGAACCUGAAGAUGCCCAAGGUGAAGAUGCCCAAGUUCAGCAUGCCAGGGUUCAAAGGAGAAGGCCCAGAGGUGGAUGUGAACUUGCCCAAGGCAGACAUUGACAUAUCUGGUCCCAAGGUGGACAUUGAGGCUCCAGAUAUGAAUAUUGAGGGCCCAGAGGGGAAGAUCAAAGGCCCCAAGUUCAAGAUGCCUGAGAUGAACAUCAAGGCCCCCAAGAUCUCCAUGCCAGACUUUGACUUGCAUCUGAAAGGCCCCAAGGUGAAGGGGGAUGUGGAUGUGUCUGUGCCCAAGGUAGAGGGGGAUCUGAAAGGCCCCGAACUUGACAUCAAGGGCCCCAAAGUGGACAUUGAUGUUCCUGAUGUGGACCUUGAGGGCCCAGAUGCCAAACUGAAGGGCCCCAAGUUCAAGAUGCCAGACAUGCACUUCAAGACUCCCAAGAUCUCCAUGCCAGACUUUGACUUGAACCUGAAAGGCCCCAAGGUGAAGGGGGAUGUCGAUGUCUCCCUUCCCAAGGUAGAGGGGGAUCUGAAAGGCCCUGAGCUUGACAUCAAGGGCCCCAAAGUGGAUGUCAGUGCCCCAGAUGUGGACGUCCAUGGGCCAGAUUGGAACCUGAAGAUGCCCAAGGUGAAGAUGCCCAAGUUCAGCAUGCCAGGGUUCAAAGGGGAGGGCCCAGAGGUGGAUGUCAGUCUUCCCAAAGCAGAUGUUGACAUUUCAGGCCCCAAAGUAGAUAUUGAUACUCCUGACAUUAAUAUUGAGGGCCCAGAAGGGAAGAUCAAAGGCCCCAAGUUCAAGAUGCCUGAGAUGAACAUCAAGGCUCCCAAGAUCUCCAUGCCUGAUUUUGACUUGAACCUGAAAGGCCCCAAAGUCAAAGGGGAUGUGGAUGUGUCUGUGCCCAAGAUAGAAGGUGAGGUGGAGGUUCCAGAUGUGAACAUCAAGGGCCCCAAAGUAGAUAUAAAUGCCCCAGAUGUGGACGUCCAUGGCCCAGAUUGGAAUCUGAAAAUGCCCAAGAUGAAGAUGCCCAAGUUCAACAUGCCAGGGUUCAAGGGAGAGGGACCAGAUGUUGAUGUGAGCUUACCUAAGGCCGACAUUGACAUUUCUGGACCCAAGGUGGACAUCGAGACGCCCGACAUUAACAUUGAAGGUCCAGAUGCAAAAGUGAAAGGCCCCAAAUUUAAAAUGCCGGAGAUGAAUAUCAAGGCUCCCAAGAUCUCAAUGCCAGACUUGGACCUCAAUCUUAAAGGUCCUAAAAUAAAAGGUGAUAUGGAUGUCAACCUUCCCAAGGUAGAGGGUGAUUUGAAGGGGCCAUCUCUUGACAUUAAAGGCCCCAAGCUGGACAUUGAUGCCCCAGAUAUUGACAUCCAUGGAAAAGGCCCCAAACUCAAGAUGCCUGACAUGCAUGUCAACAUGCCCAAGAUUUCCAUGCCAGAGAUCGACCUGAAUUUGAAAGGCCCCAAAAUCAAGGGAGAUGUUGAUGUCUCUGCACCCAAAUUAGAAGGUGACAUCAAAGGUCCCAAAGUGGACAUAAAGGGCCCAGAGGUUGACAUUGCAGCUCCUAAAAUUAACAUUGAGGGGAAAUCUAAGAAAUCCCGCUUUAAGCUUCCCAAGUUUCACUUCUCAGGCCCCAAAGUCCAAACCCCAGAGGUGGACAUUUCGGGUCCCAAAGUGGAUAUAAACGCCCCUGAUGUGGAGGUGCAGGGCAAAGCAAAAGGCCCAAAGUUCAAAAUGCCCUUUCUGAGCAUUUCUUCACCCAAGGUCUCUAUGCCAGAUGUUGAGUUAAACCUAAAAAGUCCCAAAGUGAAGGGAGAUCUAGAUGUUGCAGUCCCAACCUUGGAAGGUGAUUUGAAAGGUCCUCAAGCAGAUCUUAAGGGACCAGAAGUUCAUCUUGAAGCACCUGAUGUGGACGUCCACGGCCCAGACUUUAAUGUGAAGAUGCCCAAGAUGAAGAUGCCCAAGUUCAGCAUGCCAGGGUUCAAGGGAGAAGGCCCAGAGGUGGAUGUGAACCUGCCCAAGGCAGACAUUGACAUAUCUGGUCCCAAGGUGGACAUUGAGGCCCCUGAUGUGAAUAUUGAAGGGCCAGAGGGGAAGAUCAAAGGCCCCAAGUUCAAGAUGCCUGAGAUGAACAUCAAGGCUCCCAAGAUCUCCAUGCCAGACUUUGACUUGAACCUGAAAGGCCCCAAGGUGAAGGGGGAUGUCGAUGUCUCCCUUCCCAAGGUAGAGGGGGAUCUGAAAGGCCCCGAGCUUGACAUCAAGGGCCCCAAAAUGGAUGUCAGUGCCCCAGAUGUGGACGUCCAUGGGCCAGACUGGAACCUGAAGAUGCCCAAGGUGAAGAUGCCCAAGUUCAGCAUGCCAGGGUUCAAAGGAGAAGGCCCAGAGGUGGAUGUGAACCUGCCCAAGGCAGACAUUGACAUUUCAGGCCCCAAGGUGGACAUUGAGGCUCCAGAUGUGAAUAUUGAGGGCCCAGAGGGAAAGAUCAAAGGCCCCAAGUUCAAGAUGCCUGAGAUGAACAUCAAGGCUCCCAAGAUCUCCAUGCCAGACUUUGACUUGAACCUGAAAGGCCCCAAGGUGAAGGGGGAUGUCGAUGUCUCCCUUCCCAAGGUAGAGGGGGAUCUGAAAGGCCCUGAACUUGACAUCAAGGGCCCCAAAGUGGAUGUCAGUGCCCCAGAUGUGGACGUCCAUGGGCCAGACUGGAACCUGAAGAUGCCCAAGGUGAAGAUGCCCAAGUUCAGCAUGCCAGGGUUCAAAGGAGAGGGCCCAGAGGUGGAUGUGAACCUGCCCAAGGCAGACAUUGACAUUUCAGGCCCCAAGGUGGACAUUGAGGCUCCAGAUGUGAAUAUUGAAGGGCCAGAGGGAAAGAUCAAAGGCCCCAAAUUCAAGAUGCCUGAGAUGAACAUCAAGGCCCCCAAGAUCUCCAUGCCAGACUUUGACUUGCAUCUGAAAGGCCCCAAGGUGAAGGGGGAUGUGGAUGUGUCUGUGCCCAAGGUGGAGGGGGAUCUGAAAGGCCCCGAGCUUGACAUCAAGGGCCCCAAAGUGGACAUUGAUGUUCCCGAUGUGGACCUUGAGGGCCCAGAUGCCAAACUGAAGGGCCCCAAGUUCAAGAUGCCAGACAUGCACUUCAAGACUCCCAAGAUCUCCAUGCCAGACUUUGACUUGAACCUGAAAGGCCCCAAGGUGAAGGGGGAUGUCGAUGUCUCCCUUCCCAAGGUAGAGGGGGAUCUGAAAGGCCCUGAGCUUGAUAUCAAGGGCCCCAAAGUGGAUGUCAGUGCCCCAGAUGUGGACGUCCAUGGGCCAGACUGGAACCUGAAGAUGCCCAAGGUGAAGAUGCCCAAGUUCAGCAUGCCAGGGUUCAAAGGAGAGGGCCCAGAGGUGGAUGUGAACCUGCCCAAGGCAGACAUUGACAUUUCAGGCCCCAAGGUGGACAUUGAGGCUCCAGAUGUGAAUAUUGAAGGGCCAGAAGGAAAGAUCAAAGGCCCCAAAUUCAAGAUGCCUGAGAUGAACAUCAAGGCCCCCAAGAUCUCCAUGCCAGACUUUGACUUGCAUCUGAAAGGCCCCAAGGUGAAGGGGGAUGUGGAUGUGUCUGUGCCCAAGGUGGAGGGGGAUCUGAAAGGCCCUGAGCUUGACAUCAAGGGCCCCAAAGUGGACAUUGAUGUUCCCGAUGUGGACCUUGAGGGCCCAGAUGCCAAACUGAAGGGCCCCAAGUUCAAGAUGCCAGACAUGCACUUCAAGACUCCCAAGAUCUCCAUGCCAGACUUUGACUUGAACCUGAAAGGCCCCAAGGUGAAGGGGGAUGUCGAUGUUUCCCUUCCCAAGGUAGAGGGGGAUCUGAAAGGCCCUGAACUUGACAUCAAGGGCCCCAAAGUGGAUGUCAGUGCCCCAGAUGUGGACGUCCAUGGGCCAGACUGGAACCUGAAGAUGCCCAAGGUGAAGAUGCCCAAGUUCAGCAUGCCAGGGUUCAAAGGAGAAGGCCCAGAGGUGGAUGUCAGUCUUCCCAAAGCAGAUGUUGACAUUUCAGGCCCCAAAGUAGAUAUUGAUACUCCUGACAUUAAUAUUGAGGGUCCAGAAGGGAAGAUCAAAGGCCCCAAGUUCAAGAUGCCUGAGAUGAACAUCAAGGCUCCCAAGAUCUCCAUGCCUGAUUUUGACUUGAACCUGAAAGGCCCCAAGGUGAAGGGGGAUGUCGAUGUCUCCCUUCCCAAGGUGGAGGGAGACUUCAAAGGGCCCCAGAUGGACAUCAAAGGUCCUGAGCUGGACAUUGAGGGUCCUGAGGGAAAACUGAAAGGCCCUAAAUUCCACAUGCCUGAUGUGCAUUUUAAGACCCCCCAGAUUUCCAUGAGUGAAAUUGACUUGAACCUGAAAGGCCCCAAGAUAAAGGGAGAUAUUGAUGUGUCUCUUCCCAAGGUGGAGGGAGACUUCAAAGGUCCCCAAGUGGAUAUCAAAGGGCCCAAAUUGGAUAUAGAUACACCUGACAUUGACAUUCAUGGCCCAGAAGGAAAGCUGAAGGGCCCCAAGUUCAAAAUGCCCGACCUGCAUCUCAAGGCACCCAAAAUCUCAAUGCCAGAUGUGGAUCUGAACCUGAAAGGCCCCAAGGUGAAGGGGGAUGUCGAUGUCUCCCUUCCCAAGGUAGAAGGGGAUCUGAAAGGCCCCGAGCUUGACAUCAAGGGCCCCAAAGUGGAUGUCAGUGCCCCAGAUGUGGACGUCCAUGGGCCAGACUGGAACCUGAAGAUGCCCAAGGUGAAGAUGCCCAAGUUCAGCAUGCCAGGGUUCAAAGGAGAAGGCCCAGAGGUGGAUGUGAACCUGCCCAAGGCAGACAUUGACAUAUCUGGUCCCAAGGUGGACAUUGAGGCUCCAGAUGUGAAUAUUGAAGGGCCAGAGGGGAAGAUCAAAGGCCCCAAGUUCAAGAUGCCUGAGAUGAACAUCAAGGCUCCCAAGAUCUCCAUGCCAGACUUUGACUUGAACCUGAAAGGCCCCAAAGUGAAGGGAGAUGUGGAUGUGUCUGUGCCCAAGGUGGAGGGGGAUCUGAAAGGCCCCGAGCUUGACAUCAAGGGCCCCAAAGUGGAUGUCAGUGCCCCAGAUGUGGACGUACAUGGGCCAGACUGGAACCUGAAGAUGCCCAAGGUGAAGAUGCCCAAGUUCAGCAUGCCAGGGUUCAAAGGAGAGGGCCCAGAGGUGGAUGUGAACCUGCCCAAGGCAGACAUUGACAUAUCUGGCCCCAAGGUGGACAUUGAGGCUCCAGAUCUGAAUAUUGAGGGCCCAGAGGGGAAGAUCAAAGGCCCCAAGUUCAAGAUGCCUGAGAUGAACAUCAAGGCUCCCAAGAUCUCCAUGCCUGAUGUUGACUUGAAUUUGAAAGGGCCCAAAUUAAAGGGAGAUUUUGAUGUGUCUGUCCCUAAGGUUGAAGGUAAUCUGAAGGGUCCUGACAUUGACUUUCAGGGUCCCAAUUUGGAUCUCCAUGGCCCUGAUGCCAAAUUAAGUGGCCCGAACUUGAAAAUGCCAUCACUUGAUAUAUCUGGCCCGAAAGUGUCUGCUCCUGAUGUGGACUUACAUCUCAAGUCCCCCAAGUUUGGCAUAUCUGGUCCCAAGAUAGAAGGUGGAGAACUAGACCUGAAAGGGCCCAAGGUGGACUUAGAAGCACCAAGUUUGGAUAUUGAGAGCCCGGAUCUGAACAUCGAGGGUCCAGAUGUUAAAAUUCCAAAAUUUAAGAAACCUAAAUUUGGCUUUGGGGCUAAAGGGCCAAAGGCUGACAUCAAGUCUCCUUCAUUAGAUGUCACCGUUCCAGAAACAGGGCUGAAUGUUGAGUCUCCAGAUGUCAGUGGGAAGGGCAAGAAAAUGAAGUUUAAAAUGCCUAAGAUCCAUAUGAGUGGCCCGAAAAUCAAGGCUAAAAAACAAGGAUUUGAUCUGAAUGCCCCUGAGGGUGAAAUCGAUGCCAGUCUCAAAACCCCAGACUUGGACGUCAAUGUGGCAGCUCCAGAUGCUUCUCUUAAGGUCGAUGUGAAAUCUCCCAAAACUAAGAAACCGAUGUUUGGGAAAAUGUACUUUCCUGAUGUAGAAUUUGAUAUCAAAUCUCCCAAAUUCAAAGCAGAGGCACCACUUCCCAGCCCCAAAAUGGAAGGGGAGAUCCACACACCUGGGUUGGAAAUCUCUCCGGGAAUCAAAGCCGGCCUCAGUGGGAGCCUGCCUAGUGCCAACGUGGAAGGGCCUGACAUUCAUCUGAAGACACCAAAGUUCAAGGGGCCAGGUGGGAGCCUGGAUUUCUCAGGGCCGAAGAUAGAGGGAGAUCUGAAACUGCCCAGUGUCCAAGCCAACCUGGAUGCCUCUGAUAUCAACAUUGAAGUUCCUGAUGCCAAAAUUAAAGCUCCCUCCUUUGGCAUCUCAUCUCCUCAAGUGUCUAUCCCUGAUGUGAAUGUCAACUUGAAAGGACCAAAGAUAAAGGGUGAUGUCCCCAAAGUGGAAUUGGAAGGACCAGAUGUUGAUCUGAAGGGUCCAGAUGCAAAAAUCCAGUUUCCUAAGUUUUCCUUGCCCAAGAUUGGAGUACCUGGUCUGAAGGUGGAGGGUGGGGGAGCUGAUUUUCAUGGCCAGCUCCCCUCUCUUGAAGGAGGUGUAAGUGCCCCUAACCUCAAGUUUGAAGGGCCUGAUGUGACCCUAAGAGGACCCCAAGGGGACCUGCCUUCUGUGAACCUCUCUGGGCCAGAUCUUGACUUGAAUUUGAAAGGACCAAAGCUGAAGGGAGAUCUGAAUGUUUCCGGAGGUGUCGUGGGUCCCAAGGUUAGUGUGGAUACCCCAGGCCUUGACCUCAAAGGAGCUGGUGGGAAAUUGAAGAUGGAAGGUGGUGGCAGAUUUUCUACAGAGGGAGGAGUGAAAGUGCCUGGUGUCGACAUCAAUUUAGGCACUCCAAAAUUGAACGUCGGUGUGCCCGAUGUGAAUCUGAAGGGACCAAAGCUGAAGGGAGACUUGGAUAUAGCUGGUGACAUCAAGUGUCCCAAAGUGUCAGUGGAUGCCCCUGAUGUCAGUUUGGAGGCACCUGGAGGGGCUAUUAAACUCCCCCAAAUGAAGCUGCCCCAUUUUGGCAUCUCCUCUCAGGGGUCUAACUUGGACGUUAAUGUCACAGGGCCAGAGCUGAAGGGGCCUGGGAUGGAUGUUCACCUUAGAGGUGCGGACUUGAAAGGGCCCCAAAUUUCUGGCCCCCAAAUCUCAUCUGAUGUGGACUUUAAUUUGCAAGGACCAAAAAUAAAAGGGGGCUUUGGUGGCAGUGGUGACAUCAAAGGUCCUGCUGUUGGAGUGGGAGUCGGGGGCAUCAGUGUCAAAGGCUUGGAAGGCAAUCUCCAGAUGCCUGAUGUCAAGUUGCCCAGAUGUGAAGCGGAGCUGCCAGAUGUGAAUGUCAAACUCCCAAGCGGGAAGUUUUCAGGUUCAGGCAUUGGUCUUCAUGGGGCAGCUCCUGAUGUGAGCAUCCAGGGACCUGCAUUCAAUCUCUCAUCACCUGAGAUCUCAGCAUCAGACUUGGGGGGGAUCGGUUUGAAGGGACCGAAAAUCCAAGGCGGUGUGGAUAUUUCUGGAGGGGUCAAAGCUCCAGACCUCAGCAUGGGGGGUGGACAGGUGAAUAUAAAGGGUGUGGGUGGGGAAUGGAAAGACCCACAGGUCUCUUCUGCCCUUGACCUCCAUGUACCAAAGCUGACAGGUGGGAUCCAUGUUUCAGGACCAAAGGUAGAAGGAGGCAUUAAGGGAGGCCAGGUGGGGCUUCAGGGUCCUGGGGUGGCUGUGUCUGGCCCCCAAGUUCACUUGGAAAGUGGCUCUGGAAAAGUAACAUUUCCCAAGAUGAAGAUCCCCAAGUUCACCUACUCAGGACGGGAGCUGGUGGGCAGAGAAGUGGGGGUGGACGUGAACUUCCCUAAAGUGGAAGGCAGCAUCCAAGCUGGAGCUGGGGAAGGGGAAUGGGAGGAAGCAGACGUCAAACUCAAAAAGUCCAAAAUCAAGAUGCCCAAAUUUACCUUUUCCAAACCCAAAGGCAAGGGGAGCGCCACAAGUUCCCCAGAGGUGUCUAUCUCAGGCUCCAAAGGCGACCUCAAAAGCUCUAAGGCCAGCUUGGGCUCCUUAGAUGGGGAGGUCGAGGCAGAGGCAUCCUCCCCCAAAGGCAAAUUCUCGUUCUUUAAGAGCAAAAAGCCUCGUCACAGGUCCAGCUCGUUCAGUGACGAGAGGGAGCAUUCUGCCCCAGUCACCCCGACGGGCACACUAGAGUUUGGAAGUGGCGAAGUGUCCAUCGAGGGGGGAAAGGGCAAAGGGAAACAUGGCAAGCUGAAGUUCGGCACCUUUGGUGGCCUGGGGUCAAAGAGUAAAGGUCACUAUGAAGUCACUGGGAGUGAUGAAGAAAUGGGGAAGCUCCAGGGAAGUGGGGUGUCUCUGGCCUCCAAGAAGUCCAGGCUGUCUUCGUCAUCCAGUAAUGACAGUGGGGGGAAGGUGGGUGUCCAGUUGCCAGAGGUGGAGUUGACUGUUUCCAAAAAGUAAGAGGAGAAGCCCUUUGUAUGUGUUCACGUGUAUAUAUAUAAAUGUAUAUUUACCAUAGGUAGGCUUCUGUGUGUUUGUAUAUAAACUUCCAAAGAUUGACUCAAGGUCAAAAUCAGCAAGGCCAACGGAGGGCUGGUGGGCACUUGGCCUGACCCAAGGCUGGGCUUGAGUCUGGGGCUGUGGUAAUAACAACAAAAGUAGAUGAUUUUUCCCCCCAGUCCAGCCUAUUUACAAAGUAAGCAGUAUUUGCUUUCCCAAGACUUCAGUUUGCUCAUUAAAUGCUGAGAGCAUCUGUUUACUAAGCAAGCCUUGUGUUUAUUACUUUCAUUUUUACAGAAUCUUUUCAGUGUUGGGGUCAUAGAAAUCUGACGUCCAUUUGAAUACCUUUUUUGGGGGGGUAGGCUUUUGUUUGCAAGGGUUAGGAGGGUGGGAUGGAGUAGGGGGUGGGAUAGGGUGGGACAAGACUUCCAUUUUGGCUUCCAAGAAUGGGUAAUAUUCCCAAAUCGUCUUAUCAGACAUACAUCAGGAUGGUAGAGAGAAGUCUUUCCCAGGAAAAUGAUUUUUUUUUUUGGUGGUGGGGUGGGGCUGGUGCCCUUUUAGCACAACAGUUCUCCCCACCCCAGCUGGUAAUUCUGACCAGUUUUGGGUGCUCCUGGUAAGAGGGGGUUAGACUGCUUCUCGCUUAUUAGUGACUGACCCGCUUAACUGGGGUUUACAUACUUUGUCCUGUAUGAGAUGUUUUUACCAGUGACUGCCAUUUUCUGAUAUUUGCCAUGAAUGCUUCUUAACAAAUGGUAUCUGAUUAAGAAUCCAGCACUUUAAUGCCAAAUUAAUUCCGAAUGUAAGAAAAUUCAUGCUGUAAAAUGCAAAUAAAGCCGCUAACAAGUAA